UGUCGGUGUGUAGGAGCGGCCGGUUCCUCCCAGCAGCCACACCGUUUAGAAGCAGAGCUUUUCUUCACACAGCAGCAGCGGCACACACCGGAUAUUCAUCUCAUUAAAAACACUCACGGCUGGAAGCGGCGAGAGAAGAAGGACUCUUUCCUGGCUCGGUUAUCCCUCCCCGUCCCGCCUCUCUGAUUUGGGUCGUCUUUGCUCUUUCCCCCCCCCCCAUUUUUAUUUUUUAUUUUUGUACAUUUUUGCCUGUGACAGUUUCUCCGUGGCGCACUCAGGUCUUUUGCUGACAUGGUAGAUUAUCACGCUGCCAAUAACCAGUCGACCGUCGGCGGGGCGCAAAUGUACAUGGAGCAGGAGAACGACUGGGACCGAGACCUGCUGCUGGACCCGGCCUGGGAGAAGCAGCAGAGGAAGACGUUCACGGCGUGGUGCAACUCCCACCUGCGGAAGGCCGGCACGCAGAUCGAAAACAUCGAGGAGGACUUCAGGGAUGGGCUCAAACUCAUGCUGCUGCUCGAGGUCAUCUCCGGCGAACGGUUACCCAAACCUGAAAGAGGCAAGAUGAGGGUCCACAAGAUCAACAAUGUAAACAAAGCCCUGGACUUCAUCGCCAGCAAGGGAGUCAAGCUGGUGUCUAUCGGAGCAGAGGAAAUCGUGGAUGGAAACGCCAAGAUGACCCUGGGAAUGAUCUGGACCAUCAUCCUCCGCUUCGCCAUCCAGGACAUCUCUGUAGAAGAGACCUCUGCCAAAGAGGGUCUACUCUUGUGGUGCCAGAGGAAGACGGCUCCCUACAAGAAUGUCAAUGUGCAGAACUUCCACAUUAGCUGGAAGGACGGUCUUGCCUUCAACGCUCUGAUCCACAGACACAGACCUGAUCUCAUCGACUACGACAGCCUCAGAAAGGAUGAUCCUGUAACCAACCUGAACAACGCCUUUGAGGUGGCUGAGAAGCACCUGGACAUCCCCAAGAUGUUGGACGCAGAAGACAUUGUGAACACUGCUCGCCCAGAUGAGAAAGCCAUAAUGACUUAUGUGUCCAGUUUCUACCAUGCCUUCUCUGGAGCACAGAAGGCUGAGACAGCCGCAAAUCGAAUCUGCAAAGUGCUGGCUGUCAACCAGGAGAACGAGCAAAUGAUGGAGGACUACGAGAAACUGGCCAGUGAUCUCCUGGAGUGGAUCCGUCGGACCAUCCCCUGGCUGGAGAACCGAACCCAAGAGAAGACUGUAAAUGACAUGCAGGUGAAACAGGAGGACUUCAGAGACUACCGCUGUGUGCACAAACCACCCAAGGUCCAAGAGAAAUGCCAGCUGGAGAUCAGCUUCAACACUCUGCAGACUAAACUGAGACUCAGCAACAGACCUGCCUUCAUGCCGUCAGAAGGACGCAUGGUGUCGGACAUCAACAAAGCGUGGCACAAUCUGGAAGGAGCAGAGAAAGGCUACGAGGAGUGGAUCCUCAGCGAGAUCAGGCGUCUGGAGAGACUGGAGCAUCUGGCCGUCAAGUUCCACCAGAAGUGUGCCAUCCAUGAAUCCUGGACCGACGGUAAGGAGGCCAUGCUUACCCAGAAAGACUAUGAGACGUGCACCCUGUCAGAAGUCAAGGCGCUGCUCCGGAAACACGAGGCCUUUGAGAGCGACCUGGCUGCCCACCAGGACAGAGUGGAGCAGAUCGCCGCCAUCGCGCAGGAGCUCAAUGAACUGGACUACUACGAUGCCGCCAGUGUCAACGCUCGCUGUCAGAAGAUCUGCGAUCAGUGGGACGUCCUGGGAGCCCUCACCCACAAACGCAAAGAGUCACUGGAGAGGACAGAGAAGCAGCUGGAGUCGAUAGAUGAGCUGUACCUGGAGUACGCCAAGAGAGCGGCACCUUUCAACAACUGGAUGGAGGGAGCUAUGGAGGACCUGCAGGACAUGUUCAUCGUCCACAACAUUGAGGAGAUCCAGGGUCUGAUCACAGCCCACGAGCAGUUCAAGUCCACCCUGCCCGAGGCCAACAAGGAGCGCGAGGCUAUCCAGUCCAUCCAGUCCGAGGUGCAGAAGAUCGCCCAGAGCAACGGCAUCAAGCUGAGCAGCGGAAACCCGUACACCUCCAUCACACCUGAGAGCAUCAACAGCAAGUGGGAACAGGCGAUGGCUAUGGUGCCACUGCGUGACAACGCCCUGCAGGAAGAGCUGAACAAGCAGAACUCCAACGACACUCUGAGAGCCACGUUCGCCACUCAGGCCAACACGGUUGGCGCUUACAUCCAGGCCAAAAUGGAGGAAGUUGGCAGGAUAUCCAUUGAAAUGAACGGCACCCUGGAGGACCAGCUGACCAACCUGAAGGAAUACCAGAAGAGCAUCAUAUCAUACACACCCGAAAUUAACAAGCUGGAGGGAUACCACCAACACAUCCAGGAGGCGCUCAUCUUCGACAACCAGUACACUUCCUACACGAUGGAGCACCUCCGGGUGGGCUGGGAGCAGCUGCUCACCACCAUCGCCAGAACCAUCAACGAGGUCGAGAACCAGAUCCUGACGCGUGACGCCAAGGGCAUCAGCCAGGAGCAGCUGUACGAGUACCGCGCCUCCUUCAACCACUUUGACAAGGACCACAGCGGGGCCCUGAUGGCCGAGGAGUUCAAGGCCUGUUUGAUCAGUCUGGGCUACGAUGUGGAGAAGGACAAGCAGAAGCGAUCAGGACAGAUGAUGUCAGAUGAUUUCCGGGCUCUACUCAUUUCUACAGGAAACAGCCUGGGCGAAGCCGAAUUUAAUCGCAUCAUGGGUAUAGUGGACCCCAACGGCAGCGGCGCCGUCACCUUCCAGGCCUUUAUCGACUUCAUGUCCACGGAAACGACCGACAGGGACACCGCGGACCAGGUCAUCGCCUCCUUCAAGAUCCUGGCUGCUGAUAAGAACUACAUCACAGCUGAUGAGCUGAGGCGGGAGCUCCCUCCAGACCAGGCGGAGUACUGCAUCGCCCGCAUGGCACCCUACACGGGGCCCGACGCUGUCCCCGGAGCCCUCGACUACAUGUCCUUCUCCACCGCCCUGUAUGGAGAGAGUGACCUGUAGAGGAGGCGAGACGAGGAGGAGGGCUGGACAGAUGGGGGGAGGGAGAGGGAGGUAGAGGAGACGCCGUGAGUCGAGCGCUGGGAAGAAUUUUGAGUGGUGGUCACGAUGUGCCCCUGCCUGUGCCGGUUUAGAAUUCGUUAAGAGCUUGCUGAUUGAGCUGUAGUUCUCGUGGUUUGGCCUUCAGCCCCACUGUCACAAAAGGAUGUUCAGCAUCAGUUUGUCAUAAAGGUUUAUUUGAACGGGCACAUCUGGGGGCGUCUGUGGGACGGGGGGCAGAGUUGCUCUGUAGUGCGGGUCCUUAGCUUCACCCUCUCUGCCUUCAUGGGGUUUAAACGGGGAGGGACGGGGGUUAGGAUUAUGGGGGGGCACAAGCUAAUCUGAUACUUAUGCUAAUUUUUGUUUAUUUUAUUAUAAUUUUUCUUCUUCUUGCCGGGCGGGGGUCCAGGCUGUGUUGGGGGGUUUGAUGUGGCGACUGGCAAGUUUGUGUAUUAGAUCCUGGAGAGAUCUAUGCUGCGGGGUCAGGGUGGGAUGGAGGGGCGGGGGAGUUGACCAACCAGAGAUAAAAUGACCCAUUUACCCAUAAUUCCCACGUUGCUGGAUAAGGUGACCUGUCUAACCUCAGCUCUUUUCCUCUUCCUGUCUGCGUUUCUUUUUUUCCCCUCUUUGUUUUUUUGUUGUUUUUUUUUUCUUUCUUUCUCAUUCGUUUUCUGGACCAGGUGGGUGGUGGGAGGUGGGGGUGGGCGGGGCUUAGCGCUGUACAUACUUAUUUUUUCAGUCUGAAGAAUGACACACACAGAGUCCCAGCCGUUGAGAGUAAUCAACCGCAGGCCUUUCAGUAGGGCAAAGUAGACAUUUAUUAUUAAAAAGAUAAUAAAGAAAAUGAAACAAGCAAACAGAGAAAUUUAAAAGCAGUUUCACCAGUGGAUAGGUUUGAGCUUCCAGAAGUCUUUUCUUCAGGUUUUACUUUUUAAUUUUGGCCAAACUAACCAUGAAAAAGUUGACCUAAAGGCCUUCUCCUGUAUAAAAUCCAUGAUGAGCAACAGCAUAAUAAUUACAAAUAUCUGCUUCUGUGAAAUUAUUCCUCUGUUAGGCAUCGGGUGCUUGUUUAAGUACGAAAACCUCACAUUUAUAUAAAAGUUUAGACUGUAUUACUCAAAGUUAGUCGAGUUUCAUCUACCUGACAUACAUACGCGGGAUGUCACGGAUCCGUUUGAUUGGCCGAAUGAAGGUUCGUGAGGGGGAAGGUGAAAGUAUUUGAUAGAUAAGCGUGCCUGUUGGUGGCUACAGCCCUGUUCCCUCCUCUAUCUCUCUCCCCCUCACUUUCUCCCCCCUCCUUCCCCUCACUUGUCUCUAAAGAGAAGUACAAAAAUCACUGCUAAGGAAGGAGGGAGGGGAACGUUUGGGGAGUCUCUGUGUAAACAUUCCAUUGUACGCAAAACGAAGAAAAACUUUUUAAAAAAAGGAAAAUUGUUAUGUAAAAGAACUAUGCAAUCAUAUUGUGCGCUCAAUAUCUGGGGAAAGCUGUGGUCAUCAAACCAGGUCCUGCCUGAGUUUCCUGUCAAAAUUAAACGGAGGACAAGUGAUUUCUCCCGUCUUCGUGGGAGAGGAGGGGGAGCAGACGGGAAGGAAGCGGGAAGAGAAGACUCGGACCAAAAGCUUGUUUCUCUUUUUCAUUCUUUUUUCCCUGCGAGGUUGUAAAGAAAUGAACUCUGGAAUUGUGAUUUUGUUUCUUUUUUUUCUUUUUUUUUCCUUUUUUGUACUCUUUAAUAUCAAACCUUAUCUGCUGUACUGGAAACUGCAACGCCUUCUGUCUCUAAUGAUAAGUGAGUUUCACAAAGCACACAUAAAAAGUUUCCUUACAAAAAUA